AUGCUCAAUAAUAUAAAUCAAUUAACAACAAUGAUAACAACCAUAGCAUCAACAAUAACUACAAACAAUCUAUCCACAUCACCAAUAAAUGAAGUGAAUCAAUCUAUGACAACAACAUCAUUAGUAACAACUACCAAUAUUAUGCCAAUAAUCAAUGCAAAAUGUAAACCUAUUGAAUCAUUAGAAUUAUUUGGACGUGUUUACGGUGAUAUGCAUGGAUAUAUUACAUUAUUUCUAUGUCCUAUAUGUGUAUUAUCUAAUAUUUGUAUUGUAAUUGUACUUAAUCAACGUGAUAUGAUAUCACCGACAAAUUUUCUAUUAACAUCAUUAGCAAUCAGUGAUGGUUUAUUGAUGAUUUUCUAUAUACCAUUUACAAGUUAUUUUUUAAUUGGUCGUCAUACACGUAAUUCAACUUAUAAUUGGGCUGUUUAUCUUCUAUUUCAUAUUAGUCUACAGAAUUUUCUUCAUUUAACUUCAAGUUAUAUUGUUGUUGUUAUAGCUGUAUUUCGAGUUCUCUAUGUAAAAUUUAUAGUCAAAUGUCAAAUUUUAUGCAGUAUGCAAAGAGCUAAAUUUGCUAUUACAAUAGUAUUUAUAAUUAGUAGUAUAUUAUCUAUUCCAUGUAUUAUGAAUCAUCAUAUUGUACAAAAUAAUAAUGAACAAACAUUGAAUAGUUACAUGGUUACUUAUGUAGAUAAUGAAGUUAUGUUAAAUUAUCUUUAUUGGAAUACAGCAAUUUUUUUGAAACUUCUACCAUUAUUAUGUUUAUGUGUACUUAGUUUUAUGAUUAUAUAUACAAUACGUAGACAAAAUUCACGGAUGAGAAAAAUGAAAACCAAAUCAAUCAUAUGUGUUGAUCGUGUUAUUGAAACAUCCAGUUCACAUAAUCCAACUAGUUCAAAUUCAAUCAUCAUUAAUAAUAAUGAAUUAGAUCAAAAUCAAAAUCAAUUAAAUAAUCAUGAUAUAAAAGAGAAGAUUAAAUUUCAACCCAUUCAUGGAUCUAAUACUUUAUCAUAUACAACUAAUUCAAUGUAUAAAAAUGUUACUCUAUUAAAAAAACGUAAUACAUUUGAAAAUGAACGUGAAAAAGCAGAAAAUAGAAUGACAAAAUUUUUAUUAGCUAUUGUUUUCAUAUUUAUGAUUACAUUACUUCCUCAGGCAAUAUUAUUAUUUUUAAGUGGACUUGUGGGUGAUUGUUUCACAGAUACUGUGUAUAAUGCAUUGGGUGAUUUUAUGGAUCUAUUGACAAUUGUUAAUAAUGGUAUUAAUUUUAUACUGUAUUGUUCAAUGUCACAUCAAUUUCGUACAACUUUCAUACAAUUCUGUACACGGAUAUUUAAAAUAUGUAAAAAGACCUAA